CCCGCCCCGAGCCCCCGUCCGUCCGUCCUUCCUUCCCCUCCCGUGCAUGAUGGAAACACCAUGGCUGCGGCAGCCCAGCUCUCCCUGACACAGUUGUCAAGUGGGAAUCCUGUAUAUGAAAAAUACUAUAGACAGGUUGAAGCAGGCAAUACUGGAAGGGUGUUGGCUUUAGAUGCUGCUGCAUUCCUGAAAAAGUCAGGGCUUCCAGACUUGAUUCUUGGAAAGAUUUGGGAUUUAGCUGACACAGAUGGCAAAGGUGUCCUGAACAAACAAGAAUUCUUUGUUGCUUUACGGCUUGUGGCAUGCGCCCAGAAUGGACUGGAAGUCUCACUGAAUAGCCUAAAUCUGGCUGUUCCUCCACCAAGAUUUCAUGACUCCAGUAGUCCUUUGCUAACCAGUGGGACCGCAGUUGCUGAGCUCCCGUGGGCUGUAAAGUCUGAAGAUAAAGCCAAAUAUGAUGCAAUUUUUGACAGUUUAAGCCCAGUGGAUGGAUUUUUGUCUGGUGAUAAAGUGAAACCAGUGUUGCUCAACUCUAAGUUACCUGUGGAAAUCCUUGGAAGAGUUUGGGAGUUGAGUGAUAUUGACCACGAUGGAAAGCUUGACAGAGAUGAGUUUGCAGUUGCCAUGUUUUUGGUAUACUGUGCACUGGAAAAAGAACCUGUGCCAAUGUCCUUGCCUCCAGCCUUGGUGCCACCUUCUAAGAGAAAAACGUGGGUUGUGUCCCCUGCAGAAAAAGCUAAAUAUGAUGAAAUAUUUCUGAAAACUGAUAAGGAUAUGGAUGGAUAUGUGUCUGGACCAGAGGUCCGUGAAACCUUCCUGAAAACAGGUUUACCUUCUGCCUUGCUAGCCCGCAUUUGGUCACUAUGUGACACAAAGAACUGUGGGAAGCUUUCAAAAGAUCAGUUUGCCUUGGCUUUUCACUUAAUCAAUCAGAAGUUAAUAAAAGGCAUUGACCCUCCUCAUGUUCUCACUCCUGAGAUGAUUCCACCAUCAGACAGGUCCAGUUUACAAAAGAACAUCAUAGGAUCAAGUCCUGUUGCAGAUUUCUCUGCUAUUAAGGAACUAGAUACCCUUAACAAUGAAAUAGUUGACCUGCAGAGGGAAAAGAACAAUGUGGAGCAGGACCUUAAAGAGAAGGAAGACACAGUUAAGCAGAGGACAAGUGAGGUGCAGGAUCUUCAGGAUGAAGUUCAAAGGGAGAGUAUUAAUCUACAAAAACUGCAGGCCCAGAAGCAGCAGGUGCAGGAACUCCUGGAUGAAUUGGAUGAGCAGAAAGCCCAGCUGGAGGAGCAGCUCAAGGAAGUCAGAAAAAAAUGUGCUGAGGAGGCCCAGCUGAUUUCUUCCCUGAAAGCAGAAAUAACUAGUCAAGAAUCUCAGAUCUCCACUUAUGAGGAAGAACUGUCGAAAGCUAGAGAAGAACUAAGUCGCCUACAACAAGAAACAGCACAACUGGAAGAAAGUGUGGAGUCAGGAAAGGCUCAUUUGGAACCUCUUCAGCAGCACCUACAAGAUUCACAACAGGAAAUCAGUUCAAUGCAAAUGAGAUUGGAAAUGAAAGAUCUGGAAACUCAUAAUAACCAAUCAAAUUGGUGCAGUAGCCCACAAAGCAUUCUUGUAAAUGGUGCUACAGAUUAUUGUAGCCUCAGCACCAGCAGCAGUGAAACAGCCAACUUCAAUGAACAUGCUGAAGGCCAGAACAACCUAGAGUCUGAACCCAUACACCAGGAGUCAUCAGUGAGGAGUAGUCCUGAAAUAGCGCCUUCUGAUGUGACUGAUGAAAGUGAAGUUGUAACUGCAGCAGAUAAUGAAAAAGUUAGCCCCAGAUCUGACGAGGACAAGCACUCAAAAGAGGAAGAUCCAUUUAAUGUAGAAUCAAGUUCACUGACAGAUGCAGUUGCAGAUACAAACUUGGAUUUCUUCCAGUCUGAUCCUUUUGUUGGCAGUGAUCCUUUCAAGGAUGAUCCUUUUGGAAAAAUUGAUCCAUUUGGUGGUGAUCCUUUCAAAGGUUCAGAUCCAUUUGCAUCUGAUUGCUUCUUUAAGCAGACUUCUACUGAUCCUUUCACCACUUCAAGUACAGACCCUUUCAGUGCAUCCAGCAACAGCAGUAAUACAUCGGUAGAAACUUGGAAGCACAAUGACCCAUUUGCUCCUGGUGGAACAGUUGUUGUUGCAGCUAGUGAUUCAGCCACAGAUCCUUUUGCUUCUGUUUUCGGAAAUGAAUCAUUUGGAGAUGGAUUUGCUGACUUCAGCACAUUGUCAAAGGUCAACAAUGAAGAUCCUUUUAAUCCUACCUUAUCAAGUUCUGCCAGCAAUGUGACCAGUGCAAAACCUGUGAUAGAGGAAACACCCAAGAGUGAAGAUGUACCUCCAGCACUGCCACCCAAGAUUGGCACUCCAACAAGACCCUGCCCGCCACCCCCUGGGAAAAGACCCAUCAACAAAUUGGAUUCUUCUGAUCCCUUUAAACUGAAUGAUCCAUUUCAGCCUUUCCCAGGCAAAGAUAGUCCCAAAGAGAAAGAUCCUGAUAUGUUUUGUGAUCCAUUCACUUCUACCACUACCAAUAAAGAGGCUGACCCAAGCAAUUUUGCUAACUUCAGUGCUUAUUCCUCUGAAGAAGAUAUGAUUGAAUGGGCAAAGAGGGAGAGUGAGCGGGAAGAAGCACAGAGGCUUGCCAGACUAAAUCAGCAGGAGCAAGAAGACUUGGAACUGGCUAUUGCGCUUAGCAAAUCAGAGCUAUCAGAAGCAUGAAGUUAUCUGUCCUUUAUCAGCAGUACAGUGCUCUUCUUGAAUACUGAGUCUAUUUACCAUGUGCAUCAAACUACCUAUGAGCAUGGGAUACAAAAGGUUUGAGUCUCCUAGAAAUGUGACAAAAGUCUAGUUUGUUUGUUUGUUUGUUUGUUUGUUUUUUGUUAGGGUGGGGGGCUAUAUCAAAUGUGUCUUUUAUUUUUUCUUCCAAAAGCAGUACCCUAAUUAAACAGCUUCGCCUAGACCCCUGUUCUGGUGUGCAUUUACAGUGAGCUCCUACCUGCUUGUACUAGUCCCUGUAAAGCUAGAGCAUCAAGCCUCUGCCUUCUGGAAGCUAGCAGAUAUAGUUUCACACUGUGCUGCCCUUGUCCUAUAGUUACCAUGACAACGACUGGAGUUCUGAAAGUGCACAAGUAUUCUCCCUGAGCUAGUGCUUGAAGGAGGGGAAGGGAAAGUGUAUCCUGUUUCUUCUGAUCGGUACAAAUUAGCCAGUUUAAAGUGUAUUAUAUGUACUUCUGAAGAAAAUAUAGUUAAGUUAUUAUUUAGAGAUGGGAAAAUAUUCUGCAUAGCUCAACUCCACUAUUGAAAACUAGAUGAAUUAAGUUAAACCAUUAUUGCUCCAGCCUCAAGUAAUUCCUAAAUAAAAGUAUUAAAGCCUUGUAUAUGAAACAUGUUUUUAAAACAAUUUUCUCUGGACUUAAAAAAUUUUAAUAUUAACAGAUACCUCACUACAUGUUUCCUAGUUAAAACUAAACAAAUUUCUUACAAAUAAAAUUUGUAAGGAAAUGUUCAUUUUAAGUGCUAGUGAGGAAAGUUUGUAACUUAAAAUAUAACCUAUGAGUUUAAAGGAAGAAAACACUUAGCCUGUGCCCAUUUUGCCUUGGUGGUUGCACUGACCUUAGUUCAGAAUUGUCCUGAAGUCUAGAAAGCUAGACUUGGAAGGUACUUUGGGACUCAUUGGAUGUUUUCUUUCUUUAGUGAAGGCCCAGCUAUUUGCAGUGAUACAAAUGGAAGAAAUAACAUUUGCUAUGUCCUCUUACUUUCUGUCCGUCUUUGUAGUUUAAAUUUCUUUAUUUAUGUGCUUUAUUUUUCUCACCUACAAAAUUGACAAGCUACCCCACCCCCAAAAAAUUCCUAGUUUUUAAAUUGAGAGAAAAAUAAACCAAGUUGCCAAAUUGUCAGAGCCCUGCUUUUGUCAAAAGCCUAUCUUCUGCUGGCCUGGCCUGACAGUCAGCAGGAUUUGAAAUGGAUUUGAAGUAGAUUAUAAUUUAUAAUUUUUUAAAUAUGAGUUACUAAUUUAGUGUUGUAAUACCAAAAUAAACAAAAGUGCACCUACAAACUAUUUAAAAUUCUUUAGGAUAACCAAGUUACGGUGGUAUUGAACUGUUGUUAAUCAGAGUAAUUUACAGCCUGGCCUAUAAAUAAACUCCACAGUGUCUAAUCAGA